GCAUUGACCUACUUUUUCUUCGACCUUGUACCUCUGUGGAUAUAUUUAUCUUACUGAUUACAACCCCUACUGACCGAAUUAUUUUUUAGUUUGAAGACAGUCUUUGUUAACUAAAAUAACAAAACGAUAUUUUUUCCUAUUCUUAGAUGACAAUUUUUAUGCCAGUAAUGAAUGUCAUUUAUUUUCAGAUGUAUAAACGGACAGAUGUUAAGAUAAACAGGCUCUUCAUCAGCUAUGGAUGAAGAGCUGAAUCAAGCUUUUUAUGCACCAAAGAAGCUUUUCAAGAAGAGGAUAAGAGAGGAAUCAGGAUCUGAGGAUUGGGCACAAUAUUUUAAUAGUGAUAGUUUCUUAGAUUCACCGUCUUCCAUUGACACAAAUUUUCAUGAUUCAAGGUCUUUCUCGCCUGUGAAUAAUGGAGGAUUUGUAGAGGACAGUUCAAAUAGUUUUACCACAAAAUUAUUGAAUGGUACUACUUAUAAUGAACCUACUAAAUUUUACACAACCCUUAAACAACCAAAUGGUCUGACUUUUUCUGAUGAUAGUAGAUCCAUUGGUUGGAGUAGUUUUGAAAGUUUUCAGGAAAAAAGAACUCCAAAAUUAAAUCAUAUUCAUCAUCAGUUGAAUAGAACUACAGUUGAUACAUCUUUCAUAAAGUCUGAACCUGAUGAUUUCUUUGAUUAUUGUGGACAGAGUAGUGUCCCUUUAAACAGUUUUCACAAUAGAUAUAUUCCAGUAAAUGAUUUCAAUGAUAGAAAUGUUCCGUUAGAUAGCUUAAAGGAUUAUCGAUCCUCUUUUCCCAAAGAAAAAAUCACUCGAUACGAAAAGAGUAAUGAAGAAGCAAUAAAUUUGACAGUCAAUCAGAAACCAAAAACCGAAGAAAACAUAAAUCCAGGUAUCCUUAAGGAGAAACUGUUCAAAACAGGUUCUCAAUUUAUUGAAAAAUUUUCACUUCAAUCUCUUAAAGAACAACUUAAUGACGAGAAUCAAGAACAGAAGAAUCUUAUUCCAAUUAGAUGUAUACAUAGUACAAAGAAUGGUGCAAGGAAUAUAAACUUAUUAGAAUUGAAAUUGGAGGCAAUGGAUGACCCUUCAGUAAGUAGACCUGGUUUAGUCAAGGACAUAUCUCUUCACCAUUUAUCAUCCGGGAACCAGUAUGACAAUCAAGUUUCAUCAACAAAUUUUGAUUUGGAUUCUCAGAUGAACACAACACAACAAGUGGUUGAUGAUGAUUUAGAUGAACUGAUAGAGUCUGAGAUUUUAAAGACAUCAUUUCCUUUAGAAAAUGUUGGUGUUGACAAAGUUUCUUCUAGUGAUUCUAAAAUGAAUCAAGUAAAAAGUGAUGUAACUCCACCGAAGAAGCAAGGUAAAAAGUGGAUGAAAGGUGAUAUGGUUUGCCAGGUUUGUGGUGAUAAAGCAGCUGGAUUUUACUGUGGAGCCUUUGCUUGUGAGGCUUGUAAGAAAUUCUUCAUGAGAUCUUGCAGGAAUGACAAAACAAAAUAUGUUUGUUUACGUGAUAAGAAAUGUCAGAUGACUGCUGAAAGUCGUGUCCAAUGUCAGUACUGUCGUCUACAGAAAUGUUUGUCAUUAAACAUGUAUAGUCCAGGAAGUGAUGUCAAAAAAGAGAAUGUAGGAGAUAUCCCUUGUCGAGUUUGUGGUGCUCCAUCAUCAGGAUUCCAUUUUGGAGCUCUAACCUGUGAGGGGUGUAAGGGAUUCUUUAGAAGAAUGGCAAAGGAGAGAGAGCUUGGUAAAUACAGAUGUUCAAAAACAGGGUCAUGUGAAAUAAAUACCUCCACCAGAAAUCUGUGUAAAAGUUGUAGAUAUAAAAAAUGUGUUGAUGCUGGCAUGUCAAUAGAAGGAAGUAGAAUUGGAAGACAACCAAAUGCAGUCAAAUAUGCGAUCUCAUUAGAAGUUAAAAACCAAUCAGGGACAAGAACAGAAGGUGAUGACAGAGUAGGGUUUUCAUUAGAAGACUUGAGUAGUAAUUCUACAGUGAAAACAGAAAUUGAUACUCCUGAAUCUGUCCAGAUCAAGAGACCACAUAGUAAAAGUAGUGAAGAAGAUGGUUCUUCCCCACAGAAGAUAGUCAAGCAGAUGUCUGUGUUUAAACCUGCAUGUAGAGAAGAUUAUGCGGAGACAAUUAAAUGGAUUGAAGAUUGUGAUAAAGAUUUAAAAAGUAUUCAGAUAACUAAGCGGGAUAGUGAGAAGAAUAUUUUAUCUAUAACAGAUGUGGCUGAGAUUUGGGAAGAAAUUGUCAAACCAUUUUACUACCAUUCUUCUGUUAUUAUCAAAUUUGCCAAAAAAUGUCAACCAUUCCGUAAACUUGCACUGGAAGAUCAAGUCCGGAUGCUACAGCAGGCCCUUUAUCCAAUAAGUAUAUUGAACCACUGUAGAUAUUAUAUUUUGGAAACAAAACAAUAUUCCUAUUUUGGAUGGUCAGUGAUAGAGAGGGAACAUAUUUGGAAAUAUUUCCCGUUUUAUCGUAUUCUCGGGGAACAUUUUGAAAAUACCGGUGAUAAUGUGAAGUUACUUGGUUUAGAUGAUGAUGAAUUUACAAUUCUUUCAACUCUUGUUUUGCUCAAUCCAGAUGUGCCUGGUCUUAUAGACAAAGAAAAAGUUCGACAGCUUCAAGCAGAACUGUUAGACUUUUUAGAAUAUUAUCUAUCAAUUACCUAUCCUGAUCAGCCCUCUAGAUAUGGUUUGGUAUUAGUGAGACUCAGUGAAUUAAAUUUUUAUGCUUUCCAACAUUUGGAAGGUAUCCGGGAGAUGUUACGGGUUUAUCCUUUCCUCAGUAUGCCACAGUUAUACAGGGAGAUGUUUAUCAAUGUUUAAAAAGAUCUUUUCACUGGAAUCAAACACAUAUCAGAAGUUACGGGUUUUCACAGUAACCACAAGAUAUUAUUACCCAUCAUUCUCUAGGAAAUUGUGAUUGAUGACAGAUUUACUGAUAUAUUUAUUUGUUAAGACUGAUUUUACUGUAUUUACUGUUGAACACUUUUUAAAAAGUUUUAAAAACUUGACUCUUUCCUGGUUGUCAAAAAUAUUUUUUUUGAAAAGGAGACACUUUUUACGAAAUACUUGCUAUUCAGUCAGUUGUUUUUCUGAGAUUUUUUUUUGCAGAUUAAGAUGAUUUGCAUUUAAAAAACAUUAUAGAUUUAUGAUAAAUUUAGUUUUUCUCAUCAAAUUUGAAAUGGGCUGGUAAUUACUCUCAGUUUAGGGUACAUCCAUAAGAAUAUACACAUUAACGCUCAGUAACACUUAAAGUUUAAGACUAAAGUUCAGUUAUAAGACACAAUGUAAUAAGUAUUGUUGUUUGUGCAUCUAGGGCAGCAUAACAGCAUUUUGCACAUUAUUGACUUCACCUUUAUAGCUUACUUUAAUUUUGAAAGUAAUCACACACGGUUUUAUACCAUGGUAUACAGGAGUAAAAAAGACCCAUUGGUGGCCUUCAGCUGUUUUCUUCUUUUUGAUUGGUCUUUGACACAUUCCCAAUUUCCAUUCUCAAUUUGAAUCAAACAAACAAUAGGUUACCUGACAUACUUUUACGAAUAAGUUUGGUUUUCAGGAGUGGUUUAGGUCUUUAGGAUAAUUUGUUGAUUUGAGGAUGCAUACAGUGAAGUGAGGUAGUAGCCCAUCAAAAUAAGGUCACUCUAGCCUACAUUACUUGUUAAUUGCCAUUGGAAAAGAUUUAUCAUUAAUUAUUGGGAUGUUUAUACAUUAUCUAUAUAAAAUAAUGGUCAUUCUUACUUUUCACAAUUUUGGGAGUUUAAUAACUGUUACCUCUAAAGUAGGUUCUGGGAUACCAAGUCGCCAUUAAUCUAACACGAAUCCAUUAAACAUAUGUGGGAUCCAUAGAAACAUAACUACCUCUUUAUAAAAGUAAGCCAUCCUGACAUACAUUUUUUGCUUCAAUACCUAUGGUUAAAUUAUACAUCUGACAUUAUUUCUCAAACACUUUAAAACUUACCAUCAUAUACUGAUAUAUUUUAUUCUGGUGCACCCAAUUAAAUCAAUGCAGUGUAAACCUAAGUGUUUUUGAUAGAUUAUUAGUAGUUGUAUGUAGACGCAUUGGCAUACACAUGUAAAAUUCAAAAGCAGAAUAUCAUGAAAUCAGUUCCUUCAACUGUUGAAUUUUCUUAUUAGUUUUGUAAAUGCUUGAUAAUUAUGUAUCCAUGUUGUUUGAAGCCAUUUUGAAUAUGCUGCUUAUUUGUUUGUUUUAAAAAAAUGCAUACAUUCACAUGAGAAUGAGAAUUCAUGAUCCCUUUUCUAGUAGAUGAAAGAAGAUAAUAGUAUUGUAUUCUGUACACUUUAUUAAAUAAUUUCCUUUUUUGAGAAAUAAAAAAUAUGUUACUUAUUCAGGGGAGAUAAGAAAUAAUAUGUCAUUUUCAGGGGAUAUAUAUGCUUGUUUGUAUAAAAUAUUAGAAUUUAUAACCAUAUUCAUCAUAAGAAGAAAAGUAGUGACCUAUACCUCUAAAAUUUAAUUUUCAAUGUACAUAUGUUUAUCUCUGUGAAAUUUGUAUCUCUGUGAUCUCUAAAUUUCAACUAAUCUCUUCCUACCCUCAGAAUAAGUAUGUUUUGAUUUGUACCUUGUGAUAGGCCAAUUCAAAAAUAAAGACUCAACAUGUCAGAACAAAGCAGAGUAUAUUACUAUCUUAUUAACAUGUAAUUCGGCUGAUUUUGCAUGUGAUGUUUGCUGAAGCACAUCAAUAAGCCUUCAAUCAAUCAAUACACUACAGAACCCCUUUAAAGCAUUGAGUAUGAAAAAUCAGGGAUGCUUAUCUUUGUAAGAUAAUAAAGCUGAAAAUUCUUUUCAUUUAGGUUAGUGAGAAAUUUUUUAAUGCAAAUGAUAUAGGAAAAUAUUUUGGUUUGAAUAUGUGUACACUAAUCCAUAUGAUAAUAUGUGCAUAUUUACUGGUAAUUGUACAUAAUCUAGAGAAGCAUACAUUGUUAAUAUUUCAAAUUAUUGUAAAAGUAUAUGUGAUAAACUUGUUACUAUUUAUUGUUAGCAAUUUUAUCUACGACUCUAUACAUAAAUGUUUUUGUUACUGUUGAUACCGGUUUAUAUUCUGAGUGUGAUAUAUAUUUACAUUUAAUACAACACAUGAUAAGUUUUGUUAUUCUUUUUUAAAGUUUUAAGCAGAAUUACUUCAUCUUAGAAAAUUAAUGAUAUGUUUAUUUUAUUUGAAAGAAGCCUUUAUUUUUACAACGGAUUGUUAUUGAUAUUUUUCAAUUUUAAGUAUUUUGUUAGAAAUCCUUUCAAGCCUUGUUUAGAUUGAAAAUAGUAAAAUAUGACAUUGGGGAGGAAAUUAAGUGAUUUAUAAUGUAGAUUGUGCUAUUCUCACAAGUUAUUAUUUUCAUCCACAAAAUUCAGCUUGAAUAACAUUUUGAUUUCACAGAAACAUGUAAAGUUAUGUGAAGCAACAUUAUUUAGUAUAUGAUGUAGACUUCUUAAUAUUUAAUUUGCAGUAGGUUUUGACAAUAUUUAGGUUUUUUCCCUGUGUGUGAAACAAAUAUAUGGAAAAUUAGCCCUACCCAUUUCAUAAGCCAUACAUUGUGAACUCUCAAUCAAUAUCCCUUAUUUUGACACUAUUAAUGGCAUUUUUCUGAAAUAUUUAGGGCCUUAUCAUUACUACGUUAAUUGUUCAUUCCUCCCCAAACUUGUAUGAUCAUUCUUUUAUAAUUUGAUAUACAAUUUAAUAGAAAAAAUGAAGACUUAUUUAAAUAUUGGUAUUACUAUAUAUUUCAUCACUAUAAGCUUUAUCCAACUAUGAAAUUUCUCAAAAUACAAAGCUUUUUGGUUGUGCAUUCUGUGUCUAUAUCAAAGUGUCAUUGAAAAUCAUGGAAAGAUCUUUUCCCUUUUCCUAAAAGAUCAUUUUUCUAGUCUUUCUUUUUAUCAGGAGUAACAUACUUUUAUUUCAAAACCAUUAUUACUUCCUUGAAAUAUUUAUAUUGAUGUUAUUAUUAUAUGAUUAUGUAGAGUUUAUAUUAGAAUUAUCUUUGUUUAAUGCUUAGCUUUACUAUAGGAAUGUGCUAUAACUAAUUAUAUUUUAAACACUUGGACAAUCUUUGUAAAUGAUAACGCUCAAUGAAUUGAGUCAUAUAUAUAUAUAUAUGUAGCUUUGUGUAUGUAUGUGUGUGUGUGCAUGAUUAUCACCUAUAACAUUUCACAAACAUGAUUAUUUUUAUAAAGAUUUGUUUUAUAUCUUGCACCUAACAGUUUUGGGGUUAAAGAUUGCAUGCAGAACCUUUAAGUUGCUGACUUGAAUCAACUUUUCAGAUUUUAUCACUACUUUUUAAACAAACAAAAUAAAGUACAUUAAGCACAACAUACUAUUCUUCCUAUCCAUGGUAAUUUAAAAAAAACAAAUAUCUAUGAAGUAUAAAACUCAAAGAUUAAAAUUUUGAAAAUGAUUUGUAGUUGUACAAUAAUACUUGUCAAGAAAACUGCAUAAAUUAUUGCAUGGGACAUGAAUCUAGUAUCUGUUUUUAAAAUAUCAGUGAUGUCAUUAUUAAACAUAAUAUUAAAAAUAUUACUUAUCUUCCUUAGUCGAUAAUUUUAGAUGAAUCUUCCAAUUCUUAACUCAAUUUGAUGUUUAAAUUAUAGUUUCCACUGCAAAUUGAAUGUAAUUUGUACCCUUAAAUGCUCUCUUGCACUAUGGUUUUGUACUGUUAUGGUACAUGUCUGUCGUCUAUUAUGCAUCAAGUAAGAUAAUGUAAAGACAAAACAAAUUUUAUGUCUAAAAAGAUUACAUUGAAAGAAUAACAUUCAUCGUUUUAGGGAAAGACAAAGAAAAAAAUAGAAAAAUGAGAAUUAUGAAUAUAAAUGUAAUCUAUGCAUUUCUAAAAGACAAAAGGUUUUUUUAUACCCCUAUACUACCAUAUAAUUCUUUCUUUUCUCUUCUGUUGCUAUAUAUACUUUUAUAUAUAAAUUUUUAUUGCUUAUUCAUAUAUUGAAUGGGAUAUUUGAAUUCUUUUUCCAUAGCCUAAAGAUUAACAAGUAUUUACUGGGGAUCCAAAUAUCAGAACUUCAGAAUCUUUUUUUUUUGGUCGGAUUUUAAUGAAUUUUUGUUCUUAUUAUAAAACUAGAUUGAAGUAAAAGAUAUAACAAAAAAGUGAGGGACUGAUAAGAAAAGCUUGAUACUGUAUAAUGCUGGGCAUUGAGCAAUUGUUUAAUUUCUUAGUGCUACUUGAUACAUAAUUUUGGUGCAAAUUAUGGAAAAUCCCUAUGUGUAUAAAUAGUAUAUUAUUAUUGAUUUACAUUUGUAUUAAGAAGGUUAUGAAAAUAGAAUAUAAGUGCAAUUAUUGUUGUUGUAUAUUUCAAUUGAUUCCAGUACAUGUAUUGCUAUCAAUAGGUUUUACCUGGUAUUAUUCUGUAGACAGGAUCACCAUUGUAAUUUUAUGUACAUAUACAUAGCUCAUCUGUUUAUAAACUACAUAAUCAUAUGUUAAAGAUGUUUGCUGCUCUUCGUUUUGACUUUUUGUCAUUAUUCAUGUAGUGCCAUUCAAAAUUUUGUCUGCUAGCCUCUACUUUUCUUUUCAUAAUUUUGUUACCUGUAUUUUAAAAAGCUUAUAAAAUUCUUUUUAUUUAUUCAUAGGAAAAAGGUGCCAGUGUUAAAUUGAUGAAAAGUCUAAGAUAUUAUAAUUUCCUGCCAAGUUUUCAAUUUAUUAUAUCUCAUAAAAAAGGAUAUAGAUAAAAAAAAAAAUCUGCUUUUAAGCCCCUUUAAUUAUAUACUAUCAAUGUAUAACAGUCUUUCAAAAUACUAAUUAUUUAAAGACAGAGGAGCCAACAUCCUUAAAGUAUUAUCAGAAAUGCAGUACAUUUACUUAACUUGCUGUAGACAGACAUGUAUACCCUGGAUAUUUCUUUGUUUGUACUCAUACUAGGCCAGUUUAACAUAUACUUGUGAAUACUGCUCAUUAUGAAUAUUAUUUUAUCAUGUCUUAAUCUGCUUAACUACAUCAUUUUUAAUCUGACUAACUUAGCCUAUCUGUUUUCACCGUAACUGGAAAAUAUAGUCAAAAUGUAUGCUUGGCCUUGUACAGAUUGGGUGUGAUAUAAUCCAAUUAUUUACCCAAUGACAUUUGCUUAGGUGAGACAUAAUGAUGGAAGUGAAAUUAUAAUAAAUUCAUUUAAGUUGUAUCUUGGUCGUUUGGGGUCGAACAACUGGUCUUUUUUUUUUGAUAGCUCAUGACAAAAGUCAGUUUAAUCCUUGCAAAGAAAUUUGGGAAUGCUUUUCAUGACAUUACUUGGGAUUUUUUUCAAAUUGUUUGUUAGUUUCUGUAUUAUUAAUUUCACAUUUCUAUAAAUAGGUACUCUCAUACAUGUAUAUGUUUUGUUGAUGAUGAUGAUGUGUUUAGAUUUUGUUCAUAUUCCUAAACAUUUGAAGCUACAUUAUGGAUAUGAGUAAAUAUUUAGAUAAAAGCACAAAGUCAUAAAAUUUUAUAAAUCCUCAUACAUCUAUCCUUAGUAUGCCAUUUUGUAUGACUUCAAUCAUAUAACCCUAAAAAGGGAAGGCACAUUUUAACAGCAGGUUACUUCAAUGUGAUCUGAUGUUAAUUCAUUCUUUCAAUAAAAUGUAUUGGAAAAAAAUGGAAACUCUUCAGUAAAGAUUAGAAUAUAUAGUUUACAAGUUAGAUUGGACUAAUAGAGUACAAUAUAAUGUUUACAGAUUUUGAUGCACAUGAAUUUUCAAAAGUAGACUAUUUUCUUGACAUGAAUCAAGAAAAUAAAUGUAAAGCUAGUAUAAAAGCAAGAGUGGAUUUUAUUCAUCUUUUUUUAUGUAGAAUUAUAUAAUUAAAAUAAUGUUACAGAUAAAUAAAAGCUUUUAAUAUAUGUUUUAUUUAUAAUAUAAUAUUGAUUGAUUUUCUUUUAUUUAUACCUGUUUAACACUAACUUGAAAUUGCUUUUUACAAUCAGCUCAAAAUUUGUGUUCCUGUGUAAAAAUUUAGUAGACACAUUGAAUGUGCAAACUAUUUUAGUUAUUAAGUAAAUAAAAGAUAUCUAGAAACUUAAGUCCAGAGUAAUAAACCCCUAUUUUCUUUUACAUUACCGGUAAUCAUGAAAGUAUGUUGAAUCAUGCUAGAUGAUUAAUUGAAUCAUUUUGAUAUAUUAUAUGUUUUGAUAUAUAAGAAAUAAAAAGACAAUUCUUUCUAAUCCAUUGCUCCAUUUAUAUUAGUAUGGAUGUUUUUAUAGAAUGAUAGUGCUGGUGUAUUAUGACUGACAGUAAUACAUUAUGUGUUACCUAAUCCUUCUAUCAGCAUUGUUAAAUAUACUUGUUGUUAUAUUAAAUGACUUCUCAAUACA